CGAGUUUUCGGCAAAGCAAAAAAUAGUGUGGCGUGUUCCACGAAAAAAUAUGUGCGUGUGCUGACAGCGAGAUAUGAUCAGUUCAACACGCGAGGAGUGCCAUCGAAGCUACAAACGGAGAGACGAUUGUUGCUCUCAUAACGGCAGCAGCAGUGCUGCUUGCCGGCUUCGGGGAAAGUCCUCGGACACGGGGCAGAAAGUGUCGGCCCUAACGGGCGCCAGCUGUCAUGCCUGUGCUAGCGUUGACGCCGCCGUGGGCCUGGCCCCACGGUGAGCUGAGCGGAACCGGGCGUGGCAGCUUAUGGUCGUAGCACAGUAAUGCACUCGUCACCGGCAUAUUUAUUCCCUCGUUGCGCUUUUUUUUGGACGAGGCGGCAUGUUGGUUGCUGCGUUGCUUGUUGACGUUCCUUCUUAGCGUGGCCUCCCUUCACGUGUUCACUGCAGUCUCUGUUGUCGUCAGGCCUUGUUGCUGGUCAACUUGGUCGGUUGAGGGCGGGGGUUGUGCGUGUGUUCGUGUGUGUGGAUGUGCAGCGUAUGUUGUGUCUGUUCACUUGCGGCCAGUGUCCUGUGUGUCUUGCCUUGUCCUUGCAACCUGGGUUAGCCGUGUGAUAACCCAACGAGGCUUAUUCGCGUGUUGAACCACAAAUUAAAAAAAAAAACCAACAAACAGCAC